GCUGCUCCAUAGCAACAUCUAGGCGACUUUGAACUCUUAAAAAGAAUUUCAGCAACUGCUUCAUAUUCUGUUACAAAGCCAUUUAGACUGCAGUUGUUGACAGCAUGUGUCAAUAUGAUGCUCUUUAUUACGUCGUGUACACUGGUAAGGGCUGAUAGAUUGCCAGUUAGCAGUAUUGCAUGAUACUUUCCAUCUCUCUUGUAAUUUAAUUUUAUUCACACAACCAAAGCUGGUUGAAGGUUGGUAACAGCUGGUGAUAGGAGAUUCUUUAUAAUGUAGCGUCGGGGUGAGGAGGAGGUGCUGCUUGUCAAUAAAUCAUUUAUGACAACCCAACUUCUGUCACGGUGGAAACGAUCUGCCAUUGGCAGUCAACUCUGCCUUGAUCUGCGAUCUCCCCAAGCAUACCAGAUCCGUCAUGUCGCCCCUUCAACAAACAUUCCUUGGCAGCAACUCUCCUUACGAUGCGCCGAAUUGCCACCAAAAAACGUUCCGUUCGCCGUCAUUGAGCCAAGCGAUCAAAAACCCGACACGUGCAGUCAGUGGCUAAUCGAACGUGGAUGGCAAUGUCCUUACGUUUUUCGCGAAGACGACGACACGUUCUGGACAGCCGUAGAGCAGUACUCACAGCCCACUACUCCCAAACCUUGGCUCCUGUUCAGACCUUGUCCGUUCUUGAUGCAACAUAUCAAUUGGAUCGAAAAACAAACACAGCAGCAUCGAUGUUUGGAUAUUGGGUGUGGAUCGGGUCGUGAUGUUGCAUGGUUGUUGUCGCGCCAGCCGCUAUGGAACGUCUAUGCGUUGGACUCGCUCAAGGGAGCUGUGGAGCGAACACAUCAGUUGACGAAAAACAUGGGCGUUCACGAUCGUUUAGUGGAGUGCCUACAAGCCAAGAUCACUUCGGAAGGGAAAUGGAAAACAUUUGAUGAAGAUAGUCCAGCUGUCACUGCUAAGAAUAAUACCACUGCUACUGCUGGUACCUCCCCUACUUCUGGCACUACCACCACUAUCAACAAUACCAUUGCUAUUACAAACGGCGAUAUUGACGAUAAAAGUAGAAGAUUCUCCCCGGGGGUAUCUACAGAUACAUUCUUUCAGGAUAAAUUGGGGUGUUCGCAGUUCGACCUGAUUCUCACGAUCCGGUUUCUGGUGCGCUCGCUCUUGCCGCAGCUACCACAGCUCCUUGCAGUCGGCGGAUACCUGGUUAUUUCUCAUUUCGUGGAGGACGGCGUGCACGAGUAUGAACAACCCCGCAAAGACCAUCGGCUCCAACUGGGAGAAUUGGCGGCACUAUACGGAUCGAUGGCUAACAUUGAAAUAGUAGUGGACGUUAUCGAACAGAUAGAGGACGGAAGGCCGGUAAACUCUGUAGUAAUAAAAAGGACGGGGCCGUAAAUGUAUUAUAGUUUAGCGAGUUUGUUGGGAGAGCAAGGGAAAAA